UCGGCCUUGAGCUGCCUACGCUCCAAAACCCUCCUCCUUUCCUUAACCCCUCUUCCCCACUGUCUCUCCCUUUCUGAAAGGCAUAUCAACCAUUGCAUAGGAGAGAGGGGAAGAGAGGAAACUUUGCUUUAUAUCCAAUCCAAUUUGUAGAUAGUGUAAGCCAUGUCGGCACCCGAAGCUCCGGUUAAUUAUGUCGGUGUCGCCCGAUCCUCCGCUGCCUUCCGCCUCAUGAAGCAGAUGGGAUGGGAAGAAGGAGAAGGCUUGGGCAAAGAUAAACAAGGGAUCAAAGGAUACAUCAGGGUUAAGAACAAGCAAGAUACUGCGGGUAUUGGAACUGAGAAGCCAAAUAACUGGGCAUUUGAUACCACUCAGUUCGAUAACAUCCUCAAAAAAUUAAAAGUGCAAGCAGCUAAUGUCAUGAAGGACGAAGGUGAAGGAGAAGAUGGGGCAGAAGCAGAUGCAAUUUCCAAGAGCUCCAGUGACAAUCAGGAUAAAGAAGUGAAGGUUACUCGGCCUCAGGGAAGAUACAAGAAAAGAGAGAGGGGGAAGCAUGUUCAAGCCUAUUCUUCUCAGGAUCUUGAAGGAAUCCUUGUCAAAAGGGCAGUUUCUCCUAUUCCACAUAUAGAGGAGGAUGUAGCUAACUCAGAGGAGGAUGUGGCUAACUUAGUGGAGAAUGUGGAGAGCCACAUACCGGAUAGUGAAGGGAAAGCAGAUCAACAUUACCAAGUAGUUUCACCCGAAUGGUGGGGUUUCAAAAGAGGAUUUGUUUCUGGUGGUUUUCUUGGAGCUGAAGCUCGGAGAAGGAAGGCCAUAGAAAGAACUCAGAAUGGUGAUCAAAGGACUGCAUUCCAUGAAGAGGAUCAAGAAAAUCUUUAUAAACUCGUCCAAAAUAAAGCUACAACUGGGAAGCAAGGGCUUGGUAUGAAAGACCGAACAAAGAAAAUUGCUGGCUGCUACUUCCAGGGAAAAAAGACUUCAUUUGACGACAGUGAUGGUGAGGAAUCCACAGAAUCCCGUUCUUCUCCAAAAAGAAAACAUGAUGAAUUAUCAGAGGUGGCAAAUGAUUGUAAUUCAAAUGUGAAGCUGAAAAAGUUAUGCAGACAACUUAUCAAGCAGGCACCUGGACAGUCAUUGAAGCUGAAGCAACUUAAAGUUCUUAUUGAUGAGCACUCAUCAGACGUUUUCUCUAACUUCUCUUCUAAGAAAGAAGCACUUGCUUUUUUAAAACGCAAGCUUCAAGGCAGUGACAAAUUAGUUGUUGAGGGAAAAAGAGUAUCUCUAUCUGUGAAGAAAUGGUGAAAAGUUAGUUUUGACCCGAUUUCAGAUGCAUGUAACGUUAUGUACAUUGCUGCUGAGACUAGUUGGAUGGUAGGAACAUUUUGCAAGUGGUUCCUCAUUUAUUUUUAAUUUUUUUUGUACACCUCUUUUUAGUCCUUAAUUUCAGCUGCCACAUAAUAUGGAGUUUAGUUUUUUAGGCAUACAAUUGAUGGCUGGGAGAUAAUUGCAUUUUUUCUAGUUAUAUGAAAAUUGAUCCGAUUGUUUACUGCUUCUGUUGGAA